AUAAAUGAAGUCAAUUUUUUGUUGUCGUUGUAAACUUUCCUGCAAAAAGUCCAAAGAGAAAAUAGGUUCAGGAGAUAUAGACAAGACAAUAGUCUAAAACCCGAUAAAAGAAGAAAGAAGAAGAAGAAGAACUCUCAUGCAAAAAGUCCGAAGCAGAAAGAUUAGACACACAUGAAAAGAAGAAGAAAAAUACUCAAUGGAUCAGCAUGUAGCCUUUGCAAAGGGUACCCUGGAACAGUUUAUUCGCCAAGUAGAAUAUUUGAAGAUCAAUGGCUUCCCAGGUUUGUGUAGUGACCUAGCAGAAAUAUCUGGGGCUUCAGAAACUCUGGCAGUGUGGCACAGGACAGAGAGUGAGAAUGGUGAAGCUACAUUCAAUGGUAAACCCAGUGAUGAGUUGCUGGUGACCAUGCCAUUUGCAGGGACCUCCUUCACGGUGCGUCUCCUUUUCUAUCUUCAGGAACCUUGGAUGCCUCCAGAUAUUUCAUUUAGUGAUAUACAUUUUUUGUCAAGACUUUCUGCCCAGGAUCUCACUGAACAAGUGCCUUCACUCAACACUUGGAACAGCUUGGAAGAUGACAUUAUUGCUCAGUUAUUGCAUCAACUACUACAGCUGUAUAAAAGAUAUCAGGUAAGAUUAUCAUAGUCUUUGAUUGGUAAUUCCAAUAUUUAGUCUCAU